AUGCGUCAAUAUAAUACCUGUAUAUUAGGCUUUCUUCCCCCUUUCACCGAUACAUUGAAGAACAUGCUCAUUAAUUUUUUAGUAAUCUUGAUGUUGUGGGGGUCUUCUAUCUUCGGAGAAAUGCUUGAACCCAACUAUAGGGGUCAUGGAACCCAAAACACGAGGAGUGGCACCAGCUCCACGAGUUCUACGUUAGUCAGACAUACUGGGCACAUACCGUGGGUGAACUGGCCGCAAUUGGUCCACCGAGUUUCUGUUGCACGCUGUACCGUGUUGUCAAAUGGUUUCUCGGGGGAUGUAAAUGCUAAUGAUACAUACGAUGGCCAACGUGACUUACAUCUGUUGGCAACAUCAAGAUCUCAGUCACCCAUUGCGCUCUGUCACCUGCCUGUGUUUAUUUUUUUCCACAAGGAAAAUUGUCCUGCGUGUCGUAUGUUAAUUGAGGAACUUGGGGUGAGCCCCGAGUUUGAGCUUUUGAGCGAGUACAUGACUAUGGUAAGCGCUGAAACAGUGGAUGAAAUAUUGCGUAGUUCUCCUUAUCCGCGGCCUGCGUUUGGUGAAAUUCACCCCCGGUUACGUGGCAAUAAGCGGAGAACAAAGCAGAAUGGUAAAGGUGAAGAUGAAAUGAUCAAAGCUAUGUCACCACAGGGUGAGUACUAUCCUAGGGUCCUUUUCUUAUUUCCACACAAUGGUAGUGUCAUGCCCGUGUUUAAUAACGGAUUAGAUCAUGACAGUGCUCAUAUACAUUUUUACGGCAGAGCGAAAUCCCUGCUGAGGGGCAUGAUGUCGGCAAUCCGCAUCAUGGAUGCGAAAGUAGACUUUGAUGAGCUUUGA